UUUUUUUUUUAAUGAAACAAUCGGUCGGUUUCCAGUUGAAAUAUGAAAUCUCCAGCGCACGGACUUUCGGGCCCCAGCUGUACAGUGCUCGGGAUCAGGCAACCAUGAUUACGACACGGAGUGACGGGGGUAUCAGGGGAAAUAGAUCGAGUAGUGAAGUUGAAGUUUGUGAAACGUCGCGAAUUUUCGGAGUUUUGAAUUCUCGUAGUUCAUGGCGUGGCGAUUAUAGAGACAAGAAAUGGGUCGUUAAAUUCGAAUACCAUGGGUGGAGCUCACUUAUAUACACCACAGUCCAUCUUACAACAGAUGAUGAACCAACAGAAUCUACAGCAGCAACAGAAUCUACAGCAAAUUGGACCAUGGAUGCAAAUGCCUCAAGUACCACCAAUAACUAUUCCCUGGAGUGUACCAGCGUUACAUCAAUCAGAAUUGGUUAGAUUUACUGGAGAGACCAGCUCUGGACCAAUACUUCAUCAGAAAAGAAAAUUAGAAGCACCAGAUGUAGAUACGCGUCAAACAAAGCAGUUUAUAACAGAAGAAAAAAUAGCUGCACAUUUUAAAGAUCUGCACAUUAGUUCUAAUUAUGAAUCCGAGAAUCCAGUGCCAUCGACUUCUACCGUUCAUGCGUCAUCUUCCUGUUAUAAGCCAUUAGAUAUGGAUUUGGAUGUCGAUGCAACAAAUGCAUUAAAUACCGAACAAACAAGCAAUUUACAUCCAAGAUUGGUCCUUUCAGAGGAACUCAAGCGAAUGCAAGAGGAACCUAUUCUGCCAUCGACUCUUAUAUCUAAAUUAGAGAGACCUUCUAUGGCUCUGGUUCUUUGGGAACCACCAAAUAGACAUCUUCGUAUCCUACCAACGAGAGAUACUCCAACGCCAAUCCCGAAUACAUCCGACGACAAUAAUAAUAACAAUAAUGUUACUAUUCCCGAUCUAAAUAACAUAUUAUCCAGUGCUAGAUCAGCAUUCGAGCCAAUGGAGUUAUGAAAAUCUUUGGUUAGUACUGCAUAUUUUAUCUUCAAAUACGUUGAAAACGAAAAAGUAUAAUUAUUGUACUUUGAAUUGGAAAAAGCUUUCAGUAAUCUGCAAAAUGUAAACUAGAUUAGGAUAAGGGAUAAAAUGUGUUUCACGGUUUCUCCUACUGUAUAAUAAUCAUUUGAGUGAUUCAUCUGUGUGAGUUUGAAACACAUCUCUAAUAUAAUAUAUUAUUUUCAUUCGAUAAUCAUUUCACAAUAUUUUAAUACGUCUUUAUUAUAAUUUCACUAUUUAAGGCUCCUGAAUAGUCACCACCAAUCACCACAGUCAUAUUGAAUUGUGACUUCAGAAAUGACACGUUAAUUUUUGUUACGUGCCAUUUGUCAAUAAAGAUAAUUUGGAUAAAACGGAAUGAUGAUAUCGCUUUAAAACAAUUGUAAAAAUGAAAGAAAGCUGUGCUAUGCUUAUCCCCCCCUCCCCAACACUCAAUAAAUAAUCGUAAAAAGUAAUAAAAUACACAUGAAGGUGAAAAUAGACUAUGUGUGUAUAUUGAGUAAAAGCACUUUCACAUGUGCCUUCACUUUUUACGAUUAUUUACUGACUAUCAGGAGGGAUAAGGAUAGCUUUCGUCUAUUUUUACAAUUGUUUUAAAGCAAUCUCAGCAUUUCGUUUUAUCCAAAUCAUCUUUAUUUACAAAUGGCAUAAAAUUAACAUGUCAUUUCUUGCUUUUGACAUCACGAUUCUAUAUGGCUAUAGUGACUCAAGAGCCUUAAAUAUGGUGGUACCUCUUUCAUUAUAUGUAUUCUUGUAUAUUAUUUUGUU